AGUCGGUGGAAUUGUCAGAAGGUGUUUCUUCAAAGUUUAUCAGAUUUGAUGGUGCAGACGGGCAGACGUAUGUCCUUGCUGUAUCAGAUGAUGUAGCAGAAGUGAUAACAGAGCCGGUGAAGGCAGUGUCCCAGCAGUUAGCACCUGCCAAGAGUGUUAAAGGUGGAAGAAAGAGGCCAGCAAACUCGUCUGCAGUAACAGUAGGAACGCCAUCUGCAACUCUUUCACGGGCCAAGACAUCUCAUAGUGCUAGUGUUGACGGCAUUAACCAGGCUUGGUUUACCACAAAGGAUGAUAAAAAUGCUCUUCACAAUGAAGGUCAUAAAUGGAAACAGGGUCAGUGGACAAAAGAAGAAGUGGAAGUAUUGGAGGCAAAUAUAAACAAAUAUUGUAAGGACAAUAGUAUCAAAGAUCCAGCGGAAGUGAUAUUUGAGAUGUCUAAAGAUGAACGCAAAGAUUUCUACAGAACAGUUGCAUUGGGCAUCCAGCGUCCGUUGUUCUCUGUAUACAGGCGUGUCACGAGAAUGUAUGAUAGAAAGAACCACAGAGGAAAGUACAGCCCAAAUGAAAUGAAAUGUCUUAGAAUUCUGAGAGCCAAGCAUGGUAAUGACUGGGCAGCCAUAGGCGGAGCACUAGGGAGGAGUGCAUCGUCUGUCAAAGAUAAAUGUCGGCUGAUGAAAGACAACUGUAACUCAGGAAAAUGGUAUCCAGAGGAAGAGGCCAGACUUGCAGCAGCUGUGUAUCAACUCACUGGAAUCAAGCCUUCUGAAAGUGUGACAUCUGGUCUAUCAUGGGCAAGUGUUGCAGAACAUGUGGGAACCAGAUCUGAGAAACAGUGUCGCACCAAAUGGCUCAACUAUCUCAACUGGAAGCAGCAAGGAGGAGCAGACUGGACCAGAGAAGAUGAUACCAUCCUCAUAGAAAAGGUUUCUAAAAUGGAUGUCAACAACGAUUCAGAAAUUGACUGGGUGGCUUUAUCACAAGACUGGGCAAGUGUACGAUCACCACAGUGGCUUCGGGGCAAAUGGUGGGCUUUGAAACGGCAUAUUACAGAUUACAACAAAUUAAGCUAUAAAGAAUUGUUGGAUCAAAUGAAACGAUUAAUAUACUGGAAUCUAAAGCCAAAAAUGGGACUUCGUCAACCAAAAGAUGACGGAGUUGUUAGUGUAGCCACGUCUGAAUUAUUUAAAGGCUGUAUUCCAAUAUCACUGACAACUGGGGUAGAUGGCAGCACCUCACUGUCACUGUCAUAUUGUCCUUCUGAUGAUGAAGGCUUCCAGGCAUUUGAGGUCCUUCAGCAGUGGACACCUCAAAUCAUAGGCUCGGUGUCUCAAGCUGUCUCAUGUCAAGGCACCCAAAGUAUUCUAAGCACUGACGGGGGUCAUAUCAUUGUACAGACUUUGGCUUCUUCUCUUGAUGCUGGCAUUCAGUUGAACGGUGAGCAGCAGGUCAUCAUUAGUGCUGGCCAUGUCAACAAUGAAGAGGAAGCAGUCGAGGGUUUAACUGUCCACGUGGCUGAUCCUCUGGGCCAGUCUGAUCAAGACCUGAGUGACUUGGCAGAUGGUGAUCUCCAUGAUUCUGGCACAUUCUCUGCAGGCAGUGAGGAGAUUGUCACAGUGGCAGAGUUUCAUAUACAGUCUGAAGCAGGAGACACAGACAUCAUGGGUCAUGAUGUGUUUGAAACUGUGACCUCAGAGUCUGGAGGGGACUUGGUCAUGGGGGUGUCCUCCCAAACACAUGCCAGCAGUCUGAUGACCAGUCUCAAAGACCCAAUUCUGAUGUCAUCUUCAGAUGCUGACUGUGAAAAAGGCCAGAGUGCAGUGCUCAUUGAUGAGUCCUCAGAUAUGACUGACUGA